AUGACCGAUAUGGAAACGUUCUACAAGGAGGGCCUCAAAGAAGUCGAGCCGAAGCUCAUUGGUCCGGAGAAUUUCUCUCUUUGGAAGAAUAACUUGUUCAUGGAGAUCCACUACGAGCACCCAUAUGUGUGGAAGUUAGUCAACGAGGGCGACGAGGCAGUGAAGAAGGAGGUAAAAGACUUCGAAAAGGUGAAAAAGGAGGCAGACGAGAUCCUUGACGCCAGAGUCAAGAGCGGUGUUGACGAGUCCCUCAAGGACGCGGAGCCUUUCAAAAACACCAGGAUCACCACAGACAACUUUUCGAAGGAGAUCGACUCGAGGUUCAGCGAUGCUUCGCCCGAGAACAGAGCCAAGGCGUUGAUCUACUGGUUUUCAGCCAUGACAGGAAAAACAAGAAAGGUGCAAGACAAGAGCCAGGACAUGAUGCUGAAGUUUGUGUUGCUUGUGGAUGACUACGAGGAGCUUCUUUUGGAAGUGUACUUCCACUAUGAGAUCCCGUUUGAUGUUUUCGUAAAAAUGCUUACUGAUGGGCAAAAGUUUCAUGAAAAGAACAAAGACCCAUCCUGGAUUGCGCAGGAGUUGGUAAUUGAAUAUGAAAAGACAAACACCUUGAAACAGAGGUCCACGCCUAUCAAAGCAGCUCGCUGGGUGGCUCCUUCCACUGCCUACGGUAAACCUGGAGAGCCAAUUGACUACAUGUCUCAUAGUAGAGUCCAUUUCGAGGAGAAUGCCGUGGAUAAGUUGGGCGACUACGAGCCUAACCCAGAAAGAACCUUCAGGUUGAAGUUUGACGACAGCGGAGUCGAGAAGUAA